AUUGAUACCAUCAGCGACGCCGUUUGCGGAAGAAAGUUCCUUACGCUGCAGCAUUUCCGGUCUCAAGAUGGUCGCCUAAGCUUUUAAAAUGAGAGUUCUUCCGCCUUUCUCCAGUUCUGAUUUUUUUUUAACGUAGAUGUGACGUACUAAAGGACCCGACGGAAAUAGAACUGGAGGCGUUCUAAAAUGGCGAACCGCACAGUAAAGGAUGCGCACAGCAUCCACGGCACCAACCCUCAAUAUCUGGUGGAGAAGAUCAUUCGGACGCGAAUCUAUGAGUCCAAGUACUGGAAAGAGGAGUGCUUUGGGCUUACCGCUGAACUUGUAGUCGAUAAAGCCAUGGAGUUAAGGUUUGUGGGAGGCGUCUAUGGUGGCAACAUAAAACCAACUCCCUUUCUGUGUUUGACCUUGAAGAUGCUUCAGAUUCAACCGGAGAAGGAUAUUAUUGUUGAGUUUAUAAAAAAUGAAGACUUCAAGUAUGUCCGCAUGUUGGGAGCACUUUACAUGAGGCUGACAGGCACUGCAAUUGAUUGCUACAAGUACUUGGAGCCUCUGUACAAUGACUAUAGAAAAAUCAAGAGCCAGAACCGCAAUGGGGAGUUUGAACUGAUGCAUGUAGAUGAGUUCAUUGAUGAACUACUGCACAGUGAGCGAGUAUGUGAUAUCAUUCUGCCCCGGCUACAGAAACGGUAUGUGCUAGAGGAAGCUGAGCAGCUGGAGCCUCGGGUUAGCGCUCUGGAAGAAGACAUGGAUGACGUGGAGUCUAGUGAAGAGGAGGAAGAGGAGGAUGAGAAGUUGGAGAGAGUACCAUCACCUGAUCACCGACGGAGAAGCUACCGAGACUUGGACAAGCCGCGUCGCUCUCCCACACUGCGCUACAGGAGGAGUAGGAGCCGUUCUCCCAGAAGGCGGAGUCGGUCUCCAAAAAGGAGGAGCCCCUCCCCUCGCCGAGAAAGGCAUCGGAGCAAGAGUCCAAGACGGCACCGCAGCAGGUCCCGAGAUAGACGGCACAGAUCCCGCUCCAAGUCCCCAGGUCAUCACCGUAGUCACAGACACAGGAGCCACUCGAAGUCUCCUGAAAGGUCUAAGAAAAGCCACAAGAAAAGUCGGAGAGGGAAUGAGUAAUGGACUCAGUUUGGGUUUAGUCCCAACAGCCUCCUUCGGAUAUGAAGGCAUCUGUCUAUGUGGAAAGAUUAAGAUCUACUCCCCAGGCAGCUAUGAGAAUAUUUUAGGGUUUUUUUUAACCUAAAAGUUUCUCCACUUUUUUUUUUUAAAAUGAAAGAGGUGCUGAGAUUUGUAUCUCUUUUUGAAUCCUAAUCCAUGUUUAAGGGAUAAUGCUUCCCAAGGACAGCUUUUGACCCCUCUGUACAACCAACCUUGCUUGACUGGACUCAAAUUUAUGAGGGUAAAAGGAUUUGAGGGGGUGGAGGAUAUGAAUGACAAGGAGAAGAUGUGGCCACCUAGUGAUCCUUUUGUUAUUAAAUUUGACACACCAUUUCCUAUCUUUCUGUGGUUUGGUUUUGGUUUGCUCUGUGAUUGAAACUUACGAGAAUCCUGAGAUUUGUGCUGUUGCUGUUACAUUCAAAAAUCAAGUUAAAACGUAUUAGCACCAACUUUUUCCCCCAGCAGUAGCAAGUGGUAAUAAACAUGAAAACUGACUGGUUAGCAGCAGCUUUGUAAGAAAAGAAAGCAAACAUAAAGCUUCUUCUGGACCUUUUUAAUCCAGUUGCAUUGAACAGUUCAACAAACAGUAAAACGUAACAUAUUUUCUGUAGCAUUCUUGUAUAGUAUUUCUUCUUCCACACAAGUCUUGGAUUCCAGGUUAAGAUAUUCAGCUUUUGUCCUACAAGCAUUGACAUUAUCUAAGUCUAAUCAGUAGCAGUAGGGCAGUAAGAUUGAAAAGGUUUGAUGGAGAAAAACAUCAAACGUAUCUAAUACCAUUCAGGGUUUUGACCUGAACUGCUGGACAACAUUCACAAAGCCAGAAAAUACAGCAGGAAGAAACCAGGCUACAAAGGGGCAGGUAGUGAGAGUUGUGGUGGCAGUGAAAAUGAUGCAUUCAGUUUCAAGUUUAAUUUGAGACAGCUACGGUAUAUCUCAAGUUCAGACAGUUGGAAGUAGGGACUGGAGUUGAGCAUAGUGAUCUGGCCCUGAAAUGACAAUAUUUAGGUAAUUGUGCAAUAUGUAGAAAUAAAUGAGAUGGCCCAGAAAUUGUGUAUAUGUAAGAAAAGCCAGUAACAAUCAUAGGCAACAGCAACACUGGAGAGAGGAAGACGAGCAUUCAGAAAGGUAGAAUUAGGAAAGAGUAAGUCUAAGAACAAAGAAACAAAAUAAGGACUAAAAAGUGUCCAUGGAUGUUGAUAAGAAAGUGCUAGGAUCUUUGCUAGAAAAGUUCUGUUUACCUGUACUUACCUUUCCUCCUCUAAAAAUGGAAAAGUGAUUUGAAUGACUUCAGACAGUUCUGGUCCCAGUCAGAAUUGAAUUGUGUGGAGAUCCAGUUUCUUGGGAAGCCGUAUCUGGUCAUAGGAUAAACAUUCUAUUGCUUGCUAUUGAACUGAAGGAUUUUUGCAGCAAUAUUAAAGCAUUUUGGAAUCAUAUUUGAGAUUUCAUAUUCUUCAGUGAUUCCUCUGCUGGUGAUACUUCAGCUAAUAAAAGUUGUCCAUAGAGCUAUUAUGGUUUAUCAUACAAUUGUAUAUAGGACUGCCUUUAAAAAUUAAAUAUAAGCACUAAUAUUUACAUCA